GGGGCGGCCCCGAUGCCUCGGGGGGGGCUCAGCGGGACCGAGCCCGGGCCCCGGCGGCGAGGAGGGACCCGUGGAGCGACACCCCCGGUGCCGGGGGAGGAGUGUGGGAGGGGGGAAGGCCGGUCCGGUUGCACGGCCCCGGGCCCGGUGCCGCGGCGGGGGCGGGGACCGGGGGGCGGGAGCGGCCGUGGGCCCGCCCGGCCCGGGGAGGCGGCGGCGGCGGCAGGUGGUGCCGAGCAGCCGCAGGACGGAGCCGGAGCCGCAGCCGCCAUUAGACAAUAGGCGCCGGCGGCGGGAGCGGCGCGGGGCGAGCGGCGCGGCCGGGGCGGGGCGGCCGCGGGGCCGGGGCGGCCGGGCCCGGCGCGGACAAAGAAGGCGGCGGCGGCGGGGGGGAGCGGAGCGGGCACCGGGGCAGGGAGCGGGACCGGGCCGCUCCGUGCGGGGCCGAGCCGCAGCCUGACAUGAUGUUUCCACAAAGCCGGCACUCGGGCUCCUCUCACCUGCCGCAGCAGCUGAAGUUCACAACCUCCGACUCCUGCGACCGCAUCAAGGACGAGUUCCAGCUCCUGCAGGCCCAGUACCACAGCUUGAAGUUGGAAUGUGACAAACUGGCCAGCGAGAAAUCCGAGAUGCAGCGUCACUACGUCAUGUACUAUGAGAUGUCCUACGGGCUCAACAUUGAAAUGCACAAACAGGCUGAAAUCGUCAAGAGGCUAAAUGGGAUUUGUGCUCAGGUCCUGCCCUACCUUUCGCAAGAGCAUCAGCAGCAAGUCCUUGGGGCCAUUGAACGGGCCAAGCAGGUCACGGCACCAGAACUGAACUCCAUCAUCCGUCAGCUUCAAGCUCACCAGCUCUCGCAGCUCCAAGCCCUCGCUCUGCCCCUGACCCCGCUGCCCGUGGGGCUGCAGCCGCCGGCGCUCCCGGCUGUCAGUGCCGGCACCGGGCUGCUCUCGCUCUCGGCGCUGGGCUCUCAGGCUCAUCUCUCCAAGGAGGACAAGAACGGCCACGACGGGGACGCCCACCAAGACGACGACGGCGAGAAGUCGGAUUAGAGCGACCGUGGGGCCGGGGGGGGGUUGGUUGUGGGGUGGGGGGGGGAGGCGGGUUAAUGCAAGAUGCAGUAUCUCUCUCUAGUUGCUGUGCAGCAGAAUCGGGGGGGCGGGGGGGGUUUGGUGGCAGCUUUUCCAGGCUUGUUCCCAUCGAGCCUGGGGGAUGAUGUCCCCAUCCCCAUCCCCGCAGCCGGGCUGCUCCGCAAGCACCAUAGCAGUGACCGUGUGGCCGAUCGUGCUCUCCCUGCGCCCAGCCUGGCUUCCCUUAUCCCUGCUCCCGAGCCACAGCCUGGCUUGGGCUGCUCCGGAGCCGCAUCCCUGCUCCUCGGUGGCUCCCCUCUGCUCUGUCCCCUCCGUGGUAUUUAAAGCUGCCCCUUGAUCUGCACAACUCCCUGCCCUGACCCCAUCUCCUCCUUGCCCAAGCGCUCUUGAUCUCGUCGCAUCGUCCCCCCUCCCUUUCCCCGUGCUCCUCCUGCACUAAUUCCAGGCCGGCACCUUGCUGUUCUGCAUGUAUCUGUUCUUAACCGGUCCCGUGGGAUUGCUCCUCGGCUGCUCCUUGGCCUCGGGGCUGGAGAUGGAGCCUCCACCACCCGCUUCCCUUUGGGAAUAGCGCCCAGCUCCGGGGGGCUCGGGCAGGCGGGCAGAGGGGCAGGCAGACCCAGAGCCGUUCCUGGUCCUUCCUCCCCAUCCCUGUGUAGAGGAUACAGCAGCUUUUCUCUGUUCUGAUCUCCGUGCGCUAGCGUGUCUUCUAAAAACCCCACAAAUGGAACAAAACAAGAGGGAAGAAUUUAACUGAAAUGAGGAUCUGGUGUUUGUAUAUAGUCCUUUAGGAAGAUCUUGGUUUGCUUUUUGUGUUUAAUCACUUCACCUGUAAUAAGAGGAACCUGAAGAUGCUGUAUCAAGGACGUACAAGCUGUGCCUUUCAAAUAAAGAAAUAAGAAGGUUGGUUAAA